AUUUUGCUUAUUUUGACAUUAUAUGUAAACAAUUGCAAAAGAAAUAUUUUAUUUUAUUAUGCUAAUUAAUAGAAUUGAUUUAUAAAUACCUGUUGUGUUAUGUUUCGUGGUUGAUAGUUGUCAAGGAAUUGAAAAUUACAAAAUAAAAUAGGAAUUUAUGUAUCAGUAUGAUUCCUAGUUUAAUUAUAUGAACAAUAUACUUUCUAUCGUCAAACUUAUUAAUUAGUCAAAAGAGAACUAAUAGGGAGAAUGCGAAGUUACUUAUAAAUAUGGCUGCUGCUUUUCAACAACAAAUAUUUGCUCUGGAUGCUCGUUUCAAUGCAUAUCGAGCUCCUAACAACCCCAAUUUCAAAACUUUAUACAUACGACGCCGCAGUCAACUUCUUCGAGAAAAUGCUAAAUUUAAGGAUAUAGAAACAAUAAAGAAAUACAUAAAUAUUAGAAGUCAGCUGCUACAAAGACGCUAUGGGGUUCAAGAUAACAUCUCCAUCAGUUCAGCUUCCUCACGUGCAAGAUCUAGUAGUAAGGCUAGUUUGGCGUUUGAUGAUUAUCCAAGUUCUAAUAAGAAAAAGAAUGAUAUGACAAUAUCUGAAAAUUAUGCAUUUUCUGGAGUUCAUCAUAUAUUUGACCAGCACACUGAUCAAGUUAGUGUAGUGAAGUUUGCCAACAAUGAUAGAUCGAAGUUGUGCUGUGCGUCGCACGAUGGCACCGUGUCCAUCUGUGACGUGACAGCGUCGCCUCCCCGCGUCAGCUUUAUACUUGAAGGACACACUAAGGCCGUUACCGGGUGCGACUGGUCGGCGUCGAACGAGUUGCUGGUGACGUGCGGGCUGGACGGCGCGCUGUGCCUGUGGGAGGUGGCGGCGCGGCGCCGGCUGCGCGCCGUGCCCGACCAGCUCGCCGCGCCGCUGCUCUGCUGCGUCUUCCAGCCCGCCAACAACAACAUGGUCAUCGCAGGCAAUGCCCGCGGUAUGGUCGAAGUACUCAACAUAUCCACUGGAAUUUAUCCAAAAGGCGGCACCAGCAUUCUAGGCGGCAGGGUGUUGUCAAUAGCGUGCGAAUCAAGCGGCAGAAUGUUUUGGGCCGCUAACGAUAAGGGCGUGAUAGUGAGCUACCGGCUGGAGGGCGCGGGCGGCGCACUGAGCAAGCUGCGGCGCUGCAGCGUGGGCGGCGCGGCCGGCUGCGUCAGCUGGAGCCCCUGGCUGGCGCGCCACCCCGCGCUGCUCGUCAGCGCCGCCGACAACUCGCUCUAUCUCUUCAGGAUAGUGGACCGCGACGGCAGUUUAGUGUUAAAGAAGCGUUUCGACACGCUGCACAGCGUGCACAGUGUUAAGUCGACGUUCUGCCCGAUAAUGUCGUUCCGGCGCGGCGUAUGCGUGGUCACCGGGAGUGAGGACUCCUGCGUGUACUUCCUCGAUAUAGAAGGUCACGCUGAUCAACCAGUGGUGAACAAACUACAAGGGCACGCGUCGCCGGUGCUGGGCGUAAGCUUCAGCUACGACGAGAGCCUGCUGGCCACCAGUGACGUGUCCGGCCUCGUCAUCAUCUGGCGGCGCAGCUGACACCGCUCGCCUACCGCUGACACCGACCAGGGAGUUUAAUAUGAACGCUUGAUACCAGAGUAUUUCAAAUUAAAUAUAACCGCUUAAAAUCCAUAGUUUAAUGAUAGUAUUACGUUAAAAUCUGAUAAUUUAUGGAUUAAGUUGAACUACUUUGCAAAUUGUCACUAAAUAUGCAGAUAUAACAGGUCAGUUUUUUAGUCUCGUGACUCAAAGCUGUCAUGUUUUUAAGUUGGUAAUAAGCAGACUUUUAAAACAUAUGUAAUUGUAAUAAGCCCCCAGCAAUUGAAUAUAUUCUUACAUAGACUAAAACUAACUCUUUUCGUAUUGUAAAUUUUAUAGAAUAUGACCUAUUUAAAUAAAAUCUGUAUGUUGUUGUUGACAGAAGUUUUAAAAAGACAAAUGUAUGUAUGAUAAAGAUAUUAAAUUAUUUGAUGAGAUAAUUAAAUUAUGCCACUGCAAUAUAUUUUUAAGAUGAAAAAUUGUAUUUUUAGACUUAUAGAUUAUACCUGACUAAUCUCUAAUUAUAAGAAAUAAAAGACACGUAUUGAGUCACAA